GAGACUAGAAUCGUGACGGCAGCAAACAGAGAAACGGAACCGGAAAUGCAUCGCAUCAGAGGGAAUUGUUAGAUUCCCUGUCCUUUAACCCUUUAACCCCUAAGAGUGACCAGCAUCUAAUUUCUCCUUACAAUAUCACCCCUGAAUCACACAUUGAGGUCAGGAGAAUUAAGGAAAUGAUCACCGACUGAAGAACCUUUGAUUGUUAAAACGAAUUCUCCUUGUCAAUACCAAAGGAAAUGUAGAGAGAACGGUGUGGAGAAUAUGUAUGUUAAUGAUAGGGUGAAAAGCGUUCAGGUAGGAAAGGACAGAUAUGCUUUUUGGGUGGUGCUUCGAUCUAAGGUGGUGGUGUUUGUUUAGGCCGGUAUCUGGUGCGCGUUUACCUGAAGCUACUUCCUUAGGAUAGAAACGUUCAAUCGCUGCUCAAUGAAAAACAAGGAAAAGCCCGAAUUAGCUUUCGAAUUAAGUGGUUUGGCGUGUGAGCUACUACUGGGGACAUACGACACAUGUUCAGUCUGUAUAAACGCGGAAAAACAUGUUCAACGCGUAAAAACUCUUUUAAAAUUGCUUGAAGAGCACAUAGCAUAGGUCAUUCUACUUGUCUAUCAAUUUGGCCACAUUGGAUUUGAAAGUACUAUGGAACAUACGUCGGAUUUUCGUCCACUAACAAAACAUUUUGUGAGAAAUCCAACUCUAAUGAAUCUUUUUUUAUCUCCUUCCAAACCUCAUCGCGAUGACACAGAGACUGAAUCAUGGGAAUCAUUGUUUCGAGAAAGAAGAAAAGUGCUCCAGUAUUGACGCAGUCCUCAUCCAUCACCCAUUCGCCUCCACCGGACCAUUUUUCAGACAACGAAGAUCGCAGGCAGCAUCUGUGUGACGUCAUUGAGUUCGAUAGCGAUGAUGAAAACGAAUCGGAUUCCGAGAAAGAGUUGGAAACGAACGAGAGCCAAAAUGACUUGGACACCCAAAGAGAUGAUAAGAGCUCUGGUAAAAGUGAAGUCGGCGACCAUUCCUCCAGUCAUUCCUCGGGGUCAGCGGCUUCCGUAAGCUCCAAAGAGACUGACAAAGAUGAUCCAGGGGCAUGCGCAGUGGGAAAAAAUGACAAAGAUUCAUCGAUUAAAGCAUCGGAAGUUGAAGAGUUUACCAUUAUCUGGGAGAAAGCUCUUCUGGACGACUUAGUUAUUAAAAUAUCUGACGAUGUAAGGGUUGUCAGGAUAUUUACGAGUUCAACAUUCACAGAUACUUUUGUGGAGCGUAACGCAUUAAUGGAGCGAGUGUACCCGCGACUGAAGUCCUACUGUCAGGAGAGAGGAUAUGACUUUCAAGUGGUGGACAUGAGGUGGGGAGUCCGGGACGAGUCCACGGAUGAUCACAUGACCACUGAGCUAUGCAUGAGAGAGUUGCGCGCGUGUCAGAAGCUGUCGACGGGACCUAAUUUCAUAACUUUUUUGGGCCAAAAAUAUGGUUAUCGUCCUUUUCCAGUAAAUAUUUCUGCCCGUGAGUUUGAGCAGCUCCUAGACGCCGUUGAAAACCAAGACGAUGUUGCCCUACUGAAACACUGGUUUUGGCGAGACGACAACUCAGUUCCCGCCCAAUAUAUGCUACAGCCAAUCACGUCAUUGCUACCUCACUACAGGGACUACGCAAAUGAAGAUUUACGUAAGAAGGCGUCUGCCGAAUGGUGGACGGCAUUUGAGAGAAUGCAAGUUAUUUUGAGGGCAGCCGCUAACAUCUCUCUUGAGGAGGCUGAGCGGCACAAAUAUCAUAUGUCAGUGACUGAAGACGAGAUUCGCCGAGGGAUAUUAACAGCUACAGAACCAGAGAAACAUUGUUUCUGGUUCAAAAGAGUCAUCACCGAUCUGCUCCAGAAUGCACACGAUCCUCAUUCUGGCAAGUUUGUGGAUAAGCCUUACGGAGCCGACAACUCCACUAUUGACGAGUCUGCGCAAACGCUGUUAGAUAGUUUGAGAGAAAAAGAUCUUUCAGCAGACUUGCCAACAAGAAACAUAAUUCAGUACGAUGUCAAAUGGACCAGUGAAGGCAUCAGCCCAGACGCGUCUACAGACCAUGCGCAAUAUAUUGAAACGCUUUGCGCCGACGUUUACAAUGUUUUGACCGAAAUGAUUCAGGAAGGUAUCGAUGAGAAAGAAGGCGACGAAAGGGAAGACUCACUAAAUAAAGAGAUAUUACAGCAUGCGCUAUUCUGCCAAAAGAAAGGCCUCGCUUGCCAAGGACGAGACGAUUUUCUUCAGUCUGUGAAGUAUUCUCUACUCGAGCGCAACGAAAAACGUACAGUUAUUCUCCAUGGAGAGUCAGGUUGUGGUAAGACGUCAGUUAUGGCUAAAAUAGCUGUGGAGGUCAAAAACUGGCUGGAAGACGACUCUGCGAUCGUGGUGCUAAGAUUUAUUGGAACUUCUCCGGAAUCAUCCGACAUCAGACUGCUACUAAGCAGCGUCUGUCGACAGUUAUACAAGAUCACAGAUAAUGAUUCAACACAAAUACCCGAGGACCUUAUGGAAUUGCUGGAGUUCUUUCCAAUGUGUUUAGAAGAAGCUUGUGCAAUACGUCCUGUGGUGUUGAUUCUCGAUUCCCUGGACCAACUAUCCGCUGGGGAAGGAGGAAGACGUUUGGAUUGGUUACCCGGAAAAAUUCCCGAUGACUGUUACUUGAUAAUGUCCACCUUACCUGAUUCGGAAUACGAGUGUCUACCGCAUUUGAAGAACUUUUUUCCAGAACGAUGUUUUAAAGAGAUACCCAUCAUCCCCCUGAAUGAAGCAGAUGACAUUUUGGAGAGUUGGCUGAGGUCCAGUAAACGCACGUUGACACCUACGCAGAAGGAAGUGGUCUUAAACGCCUUCGAGUAAUGUCCAUUGCCCUUGUAUUUAAUGCUGUCUUUUGAUCAAGCUAUCCGCUGGAAAUCUUAUACACCGGAGGAUGAUGCAACAUUAGCCUCUGGCGUGAAAAACGUCAUUAACGACUUUUUAGAACAGGUUGAGCGUCGUCAUGGAAAAAUCCUCGUCAGCCACGCUUUAGCUUACAUCACUGCCUCGAAAAACGGCCUUACUGAGCCAGAGUUAGAAGAUAUUUUGUCACUGGAUGACGAAGUCCUCGAUGAUGUCUAUCAGUACUGGACGCCCCCAUUUCGCAGACUUCCUCCCCUAUUGUGGAGUCGUAUACGUUCCGACAUUGAAGACUACCUCAUAGAAAGAGGAGCAGAUGAUUCCCGAGUGAUGUACUGGUACCAUCGCCAGUUUACCGAACUGGCAACUGAUCGGUACUUGGGUUCACGGCCAGCAGAUAUUCAUUCAAAACUGGCAGACUACUUUCUAGGAAAGUGGUCAAACGGUGCUGAGAAACCUUACGUUGACAAAGAUGGAAACAAAGUACUCAAGGAUAGGUUGGUGGCCGGACAACCAUUGACGUUCAGCAACGAGAAAGAAAAGAGGGCAGUUUUUAACCUGCGAAAAUUGAAUGAAUUGCCAUAUCAUCUUUUACACGCAGGCAAUCUUGAGAAUCUUAAGAUAAACGCACUAUGCAAGUUCGAGUUCCUUUUAGCUAAGCUUCGCGCAACUUCUUUAGAAUCAAUUCUGGACGACUUUACUGCCUCGCUUUUUCUGUAUCCAGAUGAUGAAGACCUGGUCGUUUUGGAGAAAACCUUCCAGCUGUCAUCCGCGGCUCUCAAAGCCGAUGCUAAUCAGCUGGCGCCUCAACUUCUUGGAAGACUGAGUCCACAACAAAACCGUGACCAAGCCGAACUCACUGGUAUUCGCCUUCUCCUACAACAGGCGUAUUCCUCAUCUGUCCCUUGUCUGAUUCCAAGUGACAAAUGUUUGACAUCUCCAGGCGGACCACUCAUUUCUUCUAUGAAAAUACCUGGCGAAUCUGUCUUCAAAUGUUGUGGUUUUAGUUGUGAUGGGAAAACAGCUUACAUUACGUCUUCUAUUUCUCAACCACUUCAUAUCCAGAUAUUGAGCAUAAAUUUAUCAAAUGGGAAAACACUUAGGAGGGUGACUCUUCCAGGAUCGCUGGAAGUAGGAGUUGUGUGGUUAGUCCAGGGAAGCAGUCUCAAUGAAGAUCUCCUCCUGUUGGCAGGUUCCACCGAUAUUUUUCUCUUAAAGCCAUCAACGGGACAAGUGCUACAGAAACUCGCAGCUCUCGUCGAGGAAAGCAUGUACAAUCCAAUACCCCCUGUUUCGUUUGUGGAUAACGAAACUAGUGUCAUUGCCAUAACAGACAAAGACAUCAAGAUAUGGACAGCUGAAGAUGGCAAAGUAGCACAUAAGAUUGAUGUUGGCAAGAUUCCCACCGAUGAAGAGUACGGCACUAUUGAAGCAUCAGGCUGUCACGCGGUCUUCAGCCUCCACGGUUCUAAAAGUUUCACAGUGCUCAAUUGUAGAACAGGAGAGAUGGUUCGCGAAGUUGACGUCUUCAGCGAGGCAGAUGCAUGCUUUGUAGGGGAAAUCAAAGUCACCUGCAAAGAGCAAGUGGUCGUGACAUCCUCAAAGAAAAAUGGCCUUCGAUUGUAUAACCUCCACACCGGAGAUUUUAUCAAAGAAAUAUCUCAGUUUAGAAUCAACAAAGGACUGCUUCGAACCCAGAUAACAGCCGACGGAACAAAGGCUGUGAGUGUAGCUGACUACGAGAUUUUGGUGACAAAUCUAGAGGAUGGAACAGUUUGCAAAACUCUGAAGAGUAAAUCAUUCGGAACACUUAUUAUUCACGUUAAUUUUUUCACGAACGAUGGAAAAGUAGCUAUAUCCCUGGCCCAGGAUGACGUAAUCCGUAUUUACGACCUAGAGCAAGCGAUUACAGAGGGCACUGAAGACGUUUCCAGUCUGUCAUCAGACAAUAAGGCCGUAUCUUCAAUUGAUUCCAUCAACUAUCUAAACAGGGGAACAGAUGGAAGACAUGUCAUUGCGACAGCAACGGUUAACAACUCCAGCCAAAUUGCUAUUUGGGACGCAUUGACUGGAGUUAUGGUGCGAGCGUUGAAGAUUUUCCAAGAAUUGCCACCCACCUCGAUAAGAAUGUAUGAUACAAGUCGCGCAGUUGGCUACAUCCACGAUCAAGACUAUCUUCAUUUUAGAGUUUUUAAUUUGAAAGAGGGGAAGGUUGAAAGAUAUCUGCGGGGUAGAGCCUCCAAAAGAACGGAAGCGUUUGGGUUCAUUGAUGAGAACCACAUCAUUACUUUCUCGCAAGGAAGACGUAACCUCAAAGUUUGGGACAUCAACGAUGGACAGCUCGCAAAGCAAUUUAAGUUUGGACAAAAGCAUCGAUUCGAAGACAUGCUUAUCAGCAGAAACGGAAGGGCAGUCGUUUGCAGUCAAAUGAGCCAAAUUGUUAGCCACGAGGAGGAUACCUUGUCUCUCAUUGCUCUCAACACGCAGUCAGGGGAGCAUAAGGUCUUGGAAAUUGAGAACACUCAGCUGUUGCUUUGGAAUGGGUGCGUAGCAGACGACGGUAGCUGCCUGGUUUGUCUUUCCAAAGAGUUCAAGGCAUUGCUAUGGGAUUUGACGAAUGGCAGUGUAAAGAGUAAACUAGUUGCAGAUGAAGAAAAUCCAACCGUAAUCUGCACGGCCAUCUCAACAGCAAGCAAAGUGGUCCUAACCGGUCAAGGUGAUGGGGGGAUCGCAGUCUGGGACAUUGGAAGUGGGUGUGUCCGUUACACGAUGGAAUGUGGCACUGUCGAUUCUCUUUUUGUCACACAAGAUGGCAAAGUGGCAUUUUCGAACUAUCGGUACACAAACAACAACAUCGAUGCAUGGGACCUACAGACAGGCUCAAAGCUCGCCACUUUCACUUCUGAUUGGAAGCCGGAACGAAUGACAAUAUCUGGAAGCCGGCUUGUGGUGGCUAAGGCAGACAAACCGGAACUGUUGAUGUUGCGACCUCAUAUUCCUGGAAGUUCAGAAGAUAGCAAGCCUGUUGAUUCUCCGUUUGAGGACUGUCCGUUGGAAAGCGUCCUACAGGCUUGUCAAGGUUUGGUUCAUGCCAAAGAAGAAGAUGAAGAUGAAGAUGAAGAUGACGAUUCUGACAAGACUGAUUUUCAAAAAACUGAGUUCACAAGAAAAGCGGUCCUUGCAAAACCCAACGUAAUAAUCGGUGGCGGAAGUUCGGUUUUUGCAUCCAAAUCUGUUGUCAUUUCGGAACAAGUUUACCGAGACAACUUUAUGUGAAACAUCGCCGAAGUAGAAGUUAAGUUUGCUACAUAAUCGGUCAUGGCACAAAUUUUACGUACAAACCGGUGUUAGUUCUUGUUUUUAAAUCGAUAUGGUCUUGUAAAGAUUGCUCUGGUUGGAUCGUUUAAUAGUUAGGAAACUAAUCUACAUAUCGUGCAAUUUAACUGAAAGCCGUGAAAGGCCUGGGCACUAGAGCAUACGGAAACCUUCAGAUGGAAGCAUACGAGGCUUACAUUUUCCCAAUUUUAAAAGAAAUCAUGAGGAAAUAAAUUCCCACAAAUAUUCCUAAGGGGAUAAUUAUGAAUGAACUGUUCAAAGGCGCUCAAACGCAUCACUCAAAAACUAGGCCAUUUUCGAUAUAUUAAAAUUCUAACAUGGCGCCGAGGCUUGAGGGAAUAAAAUAAGUAUUGGUAGUCGCAUGGGGCCGAGUAAAAUUAAGGAUUAAUAUCACGCGUG